AUGGCUCGCUUUGCUCUGGUAUCGUUUCCCUCUCUCGUGUCUGGUGUGCCUCUGCCGCUGCCGAGGCUUGCUCCGGAAACGCGCCUGCCGUUGGCCGCUGCCCCUCGCUGCUGUGCCGAGCCUGAGUACCGCCUGCUUUCCUCCUGUGCCUUGUUUUUGGCCCUCCCCAUCGCCCUCACCACAACCCAUAUCCCUACCGUCUCUGACCGUCCAACCAUGGCUCAAAGCCUCGAGACUCGCCCUCUGCUGGCCCCGCACCGCUCAGAGGUGAUCAACUUUAGCCUCCUGCUCAAGCGGGAGGUCCGCGCCGUGGGCCGUCUCAUGCCUUCCAUCUCGGCCACGACCGUCUGCCGUCUCCUCGUCUUUUCCGUCGAUGCUUCCUUCCUGGGCCAUCUUGGCACCAAGGAGCUGGCUGGCGCCUCGCUGGCUCAGGUCAUCAUGAUGAUUGCCAUGGUCUUCAUUUACGGUGCCGCCAGCAACCUCAGCAGCCUUGGUUCCCAAGCCUUGGGCGCCAACAACCCCAGCUUGCUUGUUGGCAUGAUUGAGAAGGAUGCCGAAGUUUUACAUUACGUCCGAGAGUAUUCAAUCAUGUCCAUCUUAACCAUUAUCCCAAUGACUCUUUUCGCAUGUGUCCGUCAAUAUUUUCAAGUGCAAGGCUUUGUUUUGCCUGCAACCGUGGUGUCCUUGCUGGCCUUGGGCGUGAAUUUUGGAUUCAAUCAGUUGUUCAUUUACGGCGUUGGCGAUUGGGAGGGAUUCGGGUUCAAAGGAAGCCCCAUGGCCACAGCCGCCACGGCCACUUUUCAGCUUGUUGCUUAUUGCAUUUACAUGUUUGGCGUUCGCAAGUAUCACAAAGCCACCUGGCCCGGCUUGCACUUGAGCAACUUUUCUUGGGAUCGCAUGACUCUCUUUCUUCGGGAGAGCGGCUUUUGCGGCCUGGCGCUACUAUUUGACGAGUCAGCUUUUCAGUCGCUCGUGCUAAUGGCCGGAAGCUUUACGGAAACCGACGUGGCGGCGCAAGGCGCCAUGUUCCAGAUCUUCAACCUGGGCUGGGCCAUGUGGUGGGGCAUUGGAUUAGCAACGCAGAUUCGGAUUGGAGAAAAUCUGGGUGCCAACCGACCUCGCCGUGCACAAGCGGCAGCCUGUGCGGGCAUGCUGGCUUCGGUAGUGCUUGUGGUUGUACUGGGCAUCCUGAUUAUUGUACUGCGCGAUUAUCUGGCCAUGCCUUUUAGCAAAGACGAGGCCGUAAUUGCGCUAACAGCCAAGAUUGCGCCAUACAGCGUUGCUGCGUACGCUGCGUACGUUUUCACGGCCACCUUGGGCAGUUUGAUGGAAGGAAUGAGCCGCAUGAUGCUGUUGUCCGCAAUCAUGCUGGUCUUUGCCUACGGUGCCAUGAUUCCAGCAUGUUACGAGCUGGCCUACGUUCAUCACAUGAAAUUGCCGGGCCUGUGGUUGGGCUGUAUUGCUGGAGACGCACUGAAGCUCAUCACCAUGGUCGUCAUUGUGCUGUUCUUCACCAACUGGCGACGGGAAGCACACAAGGCGCGCGAUCGAUCAGAGGCUCUCGAUGACGACAGUGGUAUUGUUCGGCACGAGGAUGCUCCUGCGAGCCAUGUCUCAGUUCAGGCGCGCCAAGCCGAUGAAGAUGUCGAACAGGAUGUGUUUGAUGUUGACAUUGCCACCAACGCCUAA